UGUACCGUGAUGGAUGUUCUUGAAUCGAUUCUACCUAAGCUAGAGGAGGGUGAUUACAAAUCAGCCGUUGACAUCAUAGCCGACCCGGCAAACGAUGCGACGAUAAAGCUGCAAUCAAUGGAACUAGUUUCCCUCAUUGCGAGCCAUUUAACCGAUGCAAAUGCGGAAAAUAAGCCGGACUUGUAUGCUACUACCGAAACGAUACUGAAUCGGGUGGCACAAAAGUGUAGCCCACCGGAAGUUUUGUACGAAUUGAUGGAAAAAAUGCGCAUUACUACAAGCGAUGAAGUGUUCACCAGCUUACUGAAAACGAUACAAGUGUCUGUCCUUCGUCUGCCGGCAAAACGUGCACGAUGCCUGGAAUGGGUCUUCGAAACCAUUAUAGAAUAUCUGGACAAAAUUCCACUGCCCGAUGUGCUGAACAAAGAUAUGGAAGAACGGGAGGAAGAUCUGCUGGAAUGUGAGGAAUCGAUUCGAAGAUUGUUGCAGCUGUACAUCACACUGCUACUCUUUCUGGAACCGAUCGUUAAACAUCUGGGUCAGUCUUCUACAAGUCGGGAUGUGUUCUUCAACACAAGUCUAACGCAGAAAAACGCAUUGAUCGUGUUUUUGCUCCGACUAAUGGGGAAGCUUUUCCCAUUUCUGCAUCUUCAGAGGACCGAGCAACCGAGAAAAACGUUGCGUCGUCCUACAAAAUUGCCAGCCGGCAAAAGCUACUCGAUCCAAGCCGCAGAGGACAUGAUCCGAUCGUUUGCGAUACUCGUAAAAGACCCACUGUUUAUGCUACCGUACGGAGGGAAGCGCAGCACAAUUCAGAGCAAAAAGGCGAAGCAAACCGAUUCCGAGGAAAAAUCAAACAACGAUUGCUUUUUGUACAACGAAUCGUACACGACCGAGGGAUUUGCAAUGUUGUACUAUCUUUUGCUGGGUGAAGAUUUACUACCGGCACAUGUUCCUCAGAUAUACGAGCGUCGUUACAUUUUUGAAAUGGGAUUGCGUUACGUUGUGAUUUUGUUGAGCGGCGAACGUACCGUGGUGUACUUCAAGGGCAUCCGUUUGGCUCAAGCUUUAGUACGGUUGGUAAAGGGCAUCCAACUUUCUGCACGUGACCUGGAGGCACAAAUUCACACAACUUUCUGUGAGCAGUUUGUUCGCGCUUUAGAAAGGUCAGCAAGUGUGCGUAGCCGAGAAGUUGGCAUAACCGUGCUAACGGAUUACAUUCAAACUUUUGAUGAUGAAGGACGGUACAUGAUCGUGUCUCAUCUGCUUAAAACGUUCGACGACGAUUCGGUACGAGCUUAUGCGAUCAAUGUGUAUAAAGAUUUGAUAAGUAACGAUAUGCGGAACAAAAUGCAGGAAGAACCACUUGUCCGAUGGUACAGUGGAGACAUUUUGAAGGACAUGCUUACUGGCCACAUAUGUGUGCUGAAACAGGGUGUUAAGACGGAUUUGAUAGACAAUAGUUAUAGCAUUAUAAGCGCACUCGGCAUUGUGGGUUCUGUUGAAAACGGAUCAAUCCAACAGAAGCCAAAUUUGGAACUACUUCCAAACACUGGAGACACAGUUUCUGCUAUCGCUUCGUACAGCUAUAGACUUGAGCCGGGCACACUACAAAAACGAAAUGAAAGCUACAACCGAGGACAAUAAUACACAAAAGGCAGG